UAGAGGUGCAAUCGAUAUGGAAGCAUUCCAAGCAAGCAGAGUACCAAGCAAGCAGAGUACCAAGCAGCAUUCCAAGCAAGCAGAGUACAGUCAUGUAUCAGAUAACGCUGUGGCCUGAACCGAUGAUACGACGACUUCACACGAAAUGGCAACAAGCAAUAUUCCUAUUGAACUCGGCCGUUUCGAUUUCACACUGGCCGAUUACAUCGCCAAAGGCGCCUACGGUACUGUUUACAAGGGGACUAUCACAGAUCGUGGCGAUUUUAUUGGAGAGACGACCGUUGCAGUCAAAGUCGUCUACGUGGACAAAACGUCAAAAAUCUCCAUCUGCCACGAGAGCUGGAAUGAAUGGCGUAAAAGGAUUGAAACUCUUCUCCAACUGAAGCACGAUAAUUUGGUUUCAUAUCAUAAAGUUGAAGUCCUGAAAGCACAAGGAGGACCUUAUUUCAAGAUCAUGAUGGAUUACCACCUCGAGGGAGAUUUGGCUUCUCUUCUGCAUAAGCUACGAAACUACGAAGGCUUGCUGGCUGCCACAACUGUAAAACGUCAUAUGUUAGAAAUUGCAAGAGGAGUCGAGUUCCUGCACAGCCGCAACAUAAUCCACGCUGAUCUAAAACCGACUAAUGUGCUAAUAAAACGUGUGAAAUCUGGGCAGACGUCCUUUUUAAUCGGAGAUUUGGAUGACAUGGUACGAAUGCAGAGAGAAGAAACCUGUUCGAAAGAUAUCACUCAUAUGCGUGGAACAAAAAGAUUUAUGUCUCCGGAGAUGCUAAGAAAGUUUUCGCAGUUACCGGCAGAGUUACCCGGACGGAAAACUGACAUUUGGAGUUUGGGCUGCAUCAUGCUGGAACUGGCUAACUUUAUUACAGGAAAACAUGAAAAGUGGCUGGUCAAGGACUCUCAACUUCCCAUAUCAGCCGAAAACAUAAACGAUAACCAAUACGCUAUCUUUGUCAUGGAAGGUUACGCGCCGUUCGUCACGGACUUUGUUCCGGCAUAUCUAGCGAUGUGCAUCCGACAAUGUUUAGAAGUAAUUGCCGAACACAGAAUAGGCGCGGAAGAACUGGUAUCACAACAGGAAAAUUUUGAGCCGCAAAUCAGUUUAUCGGUACCAUCAAAACCUUCUGCAUCGGACAAUGAUAACAACUAUCAUAACAACAACUAUGAUAGCAACUUUAGAUAUCUACAACGUAUUCGCCACGUUAUUGCCGCUGUCAUCGACACCGCCCUUGAGUCAGCGACGUGUCAUGGAGGAAUAUUUCCUGAGAACAUUUCUUUCGACGACAAUCAAGCGGCCACCCUUGGAGGAGUUCAGGAUUUGCUACGUUUGUGGACGACAUGGAUUACUGAGGGUUCCCUCAAUGUGGUUUACAUUCCUCCGGAAGGUAUCGCAGCGCUGCCCGACUCAACCGAAAAUACCAGUAAGACGGAUUCAUGGGCACUUGGAUGUUUGGCCAUUUCCCUCAUCAACAACGAACUACCGCCGAAGCUUGUGCGACGGGCUCGGAUCGGUUCCAAUGUUGAAAUUUUUCAAAUGGAACAACCGCUGCUUCCCAAUCUGCAAAAAUUUUUUAGCGGAGCAAAGCUGCAGACCGGUUUCGUUAUCGGUCCGAAAAUCGAUUCGAACGGACCGCUUCCAUAUGUUUGCGAGGAUUUCUUGGGCCACUGCUUGGAACUGGACCCAGCGAAACGAUGGAGCUUGCAACAACUACAUGAUCAUACUUUUAUGAAUAUGAGCAGAUCAGUGGAGGAACUUUUUGCACUAAAUAACACUUUUUUAAAGGAGACAUUCGAGCUGACGAAGGUGCGGAAUCACCCGUUUCUACGGGGUGACGAUGUAAUGUUGCCGCACCAGCUGGGAGAACUCGUGUACAAACAUUCUCGUAACCUUGAGCCACAGGUGGUGGAUAUCUGGCGCUUUGCACUGCACGGCAAGGGGGCAGACGAACUGCAAAAGCAACGUAGGUUGUGGACAAAAGCUUUUCUGUGGUUGAUCGGUGCAUUGACUAUAGAAUCCAGUGCAGAAGAAUUGGCUAGCGCUUCUAGACUUCGAGCGCUGCAGGACGGAAGUAAAAACAUGCUGCAAAACUUUGGCUGUCGGUUUAUUAAGCCGGACAAUUCUGCCUUUCCGACUGAGGUGCAGGUUUGUACGGAACACUGUGCAGGAGGUUCAUUCAAAGACGUGGCUAAAUAUAAACUUUCUAUCGAAGUCAUUGCAAAGUGGACUCGAGAGGUGCUGCUAGGCCUCAAGUAUCUUCAUGGACACGCCAUUGUCCAUCGCAAUAUGGACAGCAGUGUCAUCGUAUUCAGCAAAGCCGGUUUCCUGGGAACCAUCAAGAUCGGAGGCUUCCAAUAUAUACGGCAGCCGGAAGCCGAUCGCACUAAACGACACGAAGCGACUUCGCGGCAGGAACAGGAUGGACGGUUUGCGGCUCCGGAGUUAGUUAAUUCCAAUAAGGAAGACUUUACCUUUUCGGGGAGAAAGUGUGAUAUUUGGACCCUGGGAUGUGUCGUAUUGCAUCUGGUUACCGGUGAACCACCCUUAUAUACUGGCGCAAAAAAUCAGCCCAUGAUCCUAGAAAUGGCGAUUUUAUAUCACCUCAACAGCAGCAACAAGAAACUACCUUCUAUUUACGAGUGGAUACCGACCAAUAUCCAGGAGUUCAUUAAGACAUGUUUAAAAUUCAAUCCACUGGAAAGGCCGGCUGCCGCCGAGCUUCUCGAAAGCUUAGAAAACGGAAGCCUUGGGGCAACGGGACCUGAUACCGCUGAGUAUUUAGCAAGUCGUGAGGGUGAGCCACUUCCUGAUGGUGUUACAGAGUACUGGAAAAACUACUACUGAUUAUGGUCAUUUUUUUACUACCUUUAUUUGGACAGUGCCUAUGGCCAUGGGUACGACCGUACGACAGCUGGUUCAUUGGUGGUAUCUGUCAAUUUAUAUGAUGCCCCAUUCAUCCCUAGUCCGUUGCGUCUUUAUCACGGCGUCUUUAUUUCCUCCAUCUGCUUGUAUGAUAAAAAACGUGAAGUAUGAUCAAGCGCGUGUGAUGUGUGUACCUUUUGUCUGAUUUUAGUGGUCCAGAUAACACAAUGCGGCAUCGCUGCACUUAAUCGAAUUUAAUUAACCGUAAGCGA